AUUCCAUUAUAAAAGCAAUAGCUUGCAAACGGUAAAUCAGUUCACAGCAGGACAACAAAGCAAUAAUAUCCUAAAAAUGAAUUCUCUUUUGGUUCUUGCCUGCGUUUGCAUCGCCCUUGGUGCCGUUAUGGCUUUUCCCAGCCAUGAGCAUCAUUUCGUUCCUCACUACCACUACGCAUAUGGUGUGCAUGAUCCCCAUACUCACGACCACAAGUCCCAAAAGGAGGAUCGUCAUCACGACGAUGUGCAUGGGAGUUACACCCAUCAUGAACCCGAUGGUACCAAGAGAGUGGUGGAAUACCAUUCCGAUAAGCAUGAAGGCUUCCAAGCCUUGGUGAAACGUGAAGGCCAUGCUAAACAUCCCCAUGGAGCCACCAGUUACGUUGGUACCACCCAUUGGGGCCACGGUUCCGGCAGAUAGGCGACGCAUGGAUUGACUAAAGACUGUUUUAUUUUGUAUAAAUGGAUAUUUGCAUGUUAAUUGUUUUUGUUUUGUAUAUUAAAAAUGAGUUUAU